AUGCUUCGUGCCGCUUUUCUUCUCAUUGUUCUGUUGGCUGUUUGGACAUCGCAUAAAUGUUCUGUGGCUGAUACUGUUGUUGGUUAUGGUCGACACACUCUGGUUGGGAACAAAAUAACAAUAUCAAAUCGCAAGUUCAGAAUCGCGGAAAACAACGAUGACCUCAAGGAUUACGUUGGAACCGAGAAUGCUUGUGAUGUUAAAUUUGAUGAUAAUGGGGAUAUUGUUCUCAACUACAACAGUGUUCGAGAGACGGGAUGUGUUGUGGAUCUAAUGCAUAGAUAUCUUGCUUUUAAGCUUGAGUUCACAGCCACUCUGAGCAACGACGACAAGGAAAUAAAAGAAUGUCUUGAAGAAAUGCCUGAUGGAAUUAAUGCCAAUCUUGUUCCCUUCGCCCACAGCAUUGAUUUGGAACGUUUUGAGAAGCUCAAAAAAGGACCAUACAAUGAACACGCUUUUUGUGAUAACCAGGCUGCUUGUAGCAACGGAAGUGGAGAGUGCUUGAAGCCUGAAGGGUUGGAGAUUGGUUGGGGCUACAAAGGAGAUAGAGUCCAUGUGGGCAUGCAACAGGUUGGAGAGCCCAUUUUGUGUGAAUGCCCCCAAAAAUUCGAUGGAAUCAACAAUAAAAUGUCUUCAGUCGACGUGCACGUUGAUGACAAAAUUGCCUGGUUUAGGUUGGGUCCAACAGAUGAUCAAUGUAGUGUUUCUUUCGAUUCUUGUAACCCGCCUUUUGUCUGCAACAGUGUCAAGCAGAGCAAAAUUUACGGAUUAAAUCCAAUGACUUGGGAGGUCAAAUACAAGGACGGAGAUCUUAACUACUACCGUCUGCUUUCUUUAUAUUUGCUGCCACAGAAAGCAGCUUUCCAACACCGUGGAGGGAAAAGUAUUGCAAGGGAAGCGCCAAAUGGACCCAAGUGUAAUAUUCAACUUAGAAUUCCCAAGAGUAGCAAAUACAAGCUUUUGAUAGAAAAUAAAUUGAGUCUUAAAGAAAAACUUAUAAUUGUGGCUGGAAUAUGUGUUCUUAUCUUUGCCUGUAUCUGGUUCAUAUGCUAUAUGGUUGUGAAAACGAAAGAAAAUAUGGAUAAGAUGAAGGGAGAUAUGAAAGAUUCGAAAUAA